CAGAAACUGAAACGGACUCCACAGUCAACAACAAGCAAGGACAACACGAUAACUUUUCGCAAGUCCUGUAACCUAAAUCUGGUUACAUGUAAAUCACAUGUAGGCCUAUGUGUGUGGGUGUGUGAGAGAGAGAGUGCCAUAUACGGAAAAUUCCUCUGACCACAACAAACUGGUUGGGAGUGGAUACACUUCUGCAGAUCCUGAACAGCUCGCCAGCAGGAGUAUUUAUAGCCAUACUGGCAGAGAUGGAUCCCGAUGUCAACUUUCAUUUAGACUAUUACGAUGAUUACACUUUCAAUGACUCAAAUACCACUGACUCUCCCAUCGACUUUCGUAUCGACUAUUACGAUCAUGAUUACACUUCCAAUGACUCACAUCCCACUGACUCUCCCGUCGACGUUCAUUACGCUGAUUAUGAAGACAAUGUCACAUCACUGCUGUCAGUGGCGUGUGAUAUUGAGCAAUUCGGCAACUGGGAGAAUACAGCUAUGCAUCUACAGCUGUACAUCUACUCCCUCGUCUGUGCUGUCGGCCUCGUGGGCAACAUCAUGGUGAUCCUCAGCUAUGCGUGCUUCUGCAGGAAAACCAGGAUGUGCAUGACCAUGACUGACGUGUACCUGAUAAACAUGGCAGUUGCACAUCUCGUGUUCGUGAUGGCUCUUCCUGUGACCAUCUUCUAUGAGCGUAACGGCUGGCCUGUUAUAGGUGUCGCAGUUUGCAAACUUGCGAGGGGAGCCUACAGCAUCAAACUGCACUACAGCGCACUACUCCUGGCCUGCCUCAGUGGAGACCGAUACGCGGCCCUAGUACAGGCCAGGGGCAGCUCCACCGUGGCACAGGCCGGGGAGACCUCCAUGCUACAGGAUGGGGACGGGGACAUGGCACAGACCAGGGAAAGCAGCUCCAUGGUACAGCCCAGGGACAGAUCCUUGGUGUGCCGCCUGUUUGUCGCCCUUGCCAUCUGGUCCCUGGCUGUCAUCCUGUCCGUGCCGACAUUCAUCUACACCCAGCUACACAGGAACUCUGUGGACCACGACUUGGACCAGAGCAUUGUGGACUAUGGUGACUUGAAAGUGCCAGUGAAGUGUGUGAUCAACUUUAACGCCGGUGACCCCGCCAGCAUGGCGAUCCUGGUCUCCGUCCAGAUCUCCUUAGGGUUCUUCCUGCCGCUGCUGGUCGCCGGGUUUCGCUGCGUGUGCAUCACGGUCACAUUGCUCCGCACUGAGACCUUGUGGCGGCACGAGUCCGUGUGCGUGGUGCUAACCGUGGUCUUUGCCAUGUGUCACCUGCCCUACAACGGAGCGCUGCUCUACCACGUAACCAACUGGAACACACAGAUGUCCUGCGAAUUGAAGAGGGUGAUGGUGGUGACGCGAGGUGUGGCCUACGUACACAGCUGCCUCUACCCCCUCCUCUACGCCCUCACCGUGGGCGUGUUCAGAUGCUGUGUACAGCGGUGGGGCGAAAACCAACCGGAGACCUGCUUCACGACAGGCGUUGGACCUCUUCAUCCCAGCACAGACCCAGUCACCAGAGACAGAGAGGCCAGAUGAAAACCCAUUAUCUUCUACUACUCUGUGUUAGGUAGAACAUAUUUCACUGUUAGCAUUUACCUUCAAAUAGAACACAUCACAUUUCACCGUGAGGUAUUACCUCAGAAGAGAACACAUCAUCUUCCAUUGUUAAUGCUACUCUAUGUUAGAGGGCCAACCGCCAUUUCGACAUACCGCCA